CAUAUCACAUUUCUCAACUAAGUUACUAGAGAUAAAGCUUAUCUUAACCAUAUUUCUUAUAUUACAUUGUUAGUCAUACAUAAAGCAUAUCUUAACGUAUUAUAAUGCAUGUUCCAACAUUUAUUGUCGUCAAAAGGACGUGAACCAGAUUUUAGUAUAUAGAGGUCACCUCCUCGAUAUCUCUUGGUUUAGUAGUCUAAAUAGUGUUUAGUAGUGUUCUAAAUUUAAAAUUAGCGUUGAAUUAGCCGUAGAUCAUAAUUUAGUGAAUAAAUCUUAAAAUAUAUGAAGUAAUCCUACUCCAAAUCUAUUCAGAAAAUUGUAUGAAUUAUGUGUUCAUCAAGUUUAAAUUAUCGCGAUUUUUUGCUACUUCUUAAAUCCUUACAAUUGAAAGAAACUCCUGAUGAAACAAUAUGUUGUUGCAAUCUUAAAGAAGAGGAUAUUAAUUUCUACGAGGAAGAAACAUCUGUUGAAAGAUAUCAGAAUAUUAUAACACCCGAUAAUAGAUUUGUGACAUCUUUUAAACUAGAUUGCAUUAUUAAACCUAUAAUUGAUGAGGAUGCAACAUCAGCUGAUAAGUUAAAAAAGGUAUUUAAAGAUACGUCUCCUUCCUUAGCCUUAAAGUGGUGUGGUCGAUUUCUUAUAAGGUUUCACGAAAAAAACCAGUGUACAAAGUUUUUAACGUCUGCAAUGAAGUUUUAUUUAAAAUCAAUGGAAGCGGUGAAGAGGGCUUACUUCCACUAUAAUGUUUCCGUUGAUGAGAAAGUUCUAGAAUUUUUGAGACUUGCUUGUAAACACCGCCUUCCCAACAGCGUGUUUUUCGAAAUUCUGAGGGUGUUUUACAUAACGGAUGACUACUAUUUAUUAGGCCAUUCUUUCGAAUAUACUCCAAUCUUAGAAGAUAUAUUGAAAAUAACACAGGAUUUCAACAUCGAUAUAUUGCAUGUGUGGAAAACAGAAGAGGAGAUAUGGCGGAAAUCAGAAGAAUGGAGAAGGUCAUACAAAUCGUUCUAUUCUUCUUUAUUCGAAAAUGUUCAAAAUUUUAUACCUUUAAUAAGAUUCGGAAAAAUGCAGUGCUUUUCUAUAGAAAGUUAUAGUUACUUGAAGUCAUCUAUGGAUAAGUACCUCAACACAAUAGCGGUAGAAAACGAUUAUAGCAUUACAACUUUCCGCUCCCUUCAAAUCCUACACUCCUUUUUUUCUGCUCGUUACAAGUUCUGUUUUCCAACGACUGCAGCCUACUCACUGAAUCUAUUGUGGAACAGCAUUACAGAUCCGUUCUUGCGUCAAGAGGACUUCGAAAGAAGUUUGAUUCCAAAAUCUGCGGUGGACAUGUUUACACUGGAACAAACCUGGUCCUGGUAUAGUGACCAUGUACUGAAAAAUGAAAUCUGCACCAAAGAGCCAAGAUCCCUAUUUCAUCUUUCAAGGUGUUCCGUUCGCCGCCAAUUGGCGGUAUGUCUCCAACUACCCUGUGGUGUUGAAAAACUUUUUGUCCCCAAGAGUGUGAAAGAGUAUAUUCUUUUGGAACAUUGUAAUGAUUUUCUAACUUUAUGUUGAUGACAUGAAAAAAUAUUCAUGAAAAUGAA